AGUCGAGAGGAGAGCAGCCGGCCGAGAGGAGCCCAGGACGGGACACUUGGGAGCUCCCUCGGCGAUGGAGACUUCCCCAUCGAGAGAGAAAAGAGACAACAUGGACGGCUUCUCCGAGCUCCAGAAGAAACCCUCGGAGACAAGAGCCCCCCACCACAUGUUCCCCACCUUCCACACACCGAUCCCCAUCGACAUGCGGCACCACGAGGGACGCUACCACUACGAGCCCCACGCGCUGCACGCCAUGCACGGCCCUGCAGGUUUGGCCGGCAGCCCCGUGAUCUCAGACAUCUCCCUGAUCCGCCUCUCACCCGCCGCCGUGUCAACGGGCGACUCCCCCUUCAGCCCGCCUCACCCGUACGUCAACCCCCACAUGGAGCACUACCUGCGCUCGGUGCACGGCAGCCCCACCCUGUCCAUGAUCUCAGCGGCCAGAGGACUCAGCCCAGCCGACCUGGCCCACGAGCAUCUGAAGGAGCGCGGGCUCUUCGGCCUCCCUCCUCCUCCUCCCGGGGCGAGCCCGGCCGAGUAUUACCACCUGAUGGCCAGCCACCGGAGCCCCUACAGUGAGCUGUUCAUGCAGGGGGCCGGGGCCGCCGGGGCCCACCUGUCCGACUACAUCAGCCCCAUCGACGUGUCCCGGUUCUCCGGCCCCAGGCUGCCCCCCCGGCUCAACAGGAAGCGCUCUCUGUCCGUGUCUCCGCUGUCGGACGCCAGCAUCGACCUGCAGACGAUGAUCCGGACCUCGCCCAGCUCGCUGGUCGCCUACAUCAACAGCUCGCGCUCCGGCUCGGCCGCCGGCGGCUCCUACGGACACCUGUCGGUGGGGGGGCUGAGCCCGUCCUUCCCCUUCCCUCACCCCCUCAACCCGAUGGCGUACCAGCAGCUUCUCUCCCAGCAGCGCGGCCUCGGCGCCUUCGGACACACUCCGCCUCUCGUCCAGGCUCCGCCCACUUUCUGCGUCCGCCAGCCGGGUCUCGGCCUAUCGGUGUCGUCCUCGGUCCUCAACAACGACCUGCAGUCAAAAAACCACGGCGGAGACUCGGUGGUCAGCAGCACCGUCGACCCCUCGACCACCAAGAGGUCUAAAGUAAAGAUGGAGGCCGAGGGCCUGAGGCCGCCGUCUCCUUGCUCACCG